GGGGAGGGGGAGGGGGAGAGGCAGGCAGAGGGAUUGAGAAGACAAGAAAAGGGGAUCAGCCAGCCAGAUGAGAAGGGGGCGACGCAGACAGACAGAUCCAGAGACGGGAGUAGGAGCCAGCAGGCAGACGGGAAGUGAAAAUGUCCCACCGGCUGCGUCUCUACUUUGGCUCCGGCUGCAGCGACACGGGCCCGGUGCUGGAGGACCAAGACGAAUCCGCCACGCAGGAAGACGACCGGGCCGCAGCGUUCCGCAGGCAGCCGCAUCCGCCGCCAUUCAGGACACUGUAUUUCCCCGGGCCUCCAGACUGCUCCCUUAAACGCAGUUCCUCCAUGUUUAUCCCCCAGCUCACCUCGGCCGAGCCGCGGCCCACCAUGAGCUCUUCCAUGCAGAUCUCCCUCCAGCGCUCGGCCGCCGGGCCUGUAGACGAGGAGAUUCCGCCACCCAGCUACACGCAGGGGCCGGCCCCAGCCUACACAGAGCCAGGCAGCAUGGACUUACCGCCACCCUACUAUAACAGAGACGUCUCAGCCAGCUUCACGGAGCCUGACCUACCAAAACGCAGGGUUGUCAUGUUGCCCCAGAAUGGCUCCAACAGCAUGACUAACGCCCCUAACAGAGGUCUGCCUGGAGUCAGCAUCGGAGGGUUUUGCAUCCAGAGGAACUCCCCUGAUGGCUCGGACGUCCAGCAAGUCAGGAUCCUACCCUAUGGUUCUGGAGGUCCCAGUGGACCGCGUCACUGGUCUGUCCAGCAGAACUCAGACACAGGUCCUGGUGGGACCCAGAGGCUGGUGUUUCAGCUCCAGGAACGGCAGGGCAGCAUGGGUCCAAGUGCUGAUCUCGGCAUCACAGGUUCCAAGGGCGGCCGUGUGGUGCGUUAUCCCAAGUUUCGACUGGAAAGGAAACCUUCCCACCAGCCACAGCCCGUGGAAAGUUCCCAGAGAGCCAGCCCUGGUGAGGAGCCCCUUGCCAGAGAAGAGAUCUCCCCCUCACCUUCUGAGAUGGGCAGUCAGAAAAUGGAGGUGGAAGAUGAACCCAAAGGCUGUACUUUCAAAAUCAGGAGGGAGUCGUUGAAAAGACAGCCUCACUUCAAGAUCUAUUUCGGUCAAGGUGCAGGCAAUCACACUGCACAGGACACAAGCUUUGGAAAUGGCACUGGCAGGAAUAGUCCCCAGACCAGAGAUGAUUUCCUUGGACAAGUCGACGUGCCUCUCAAUCAUUUGCCGACGGAGGAUCCUGCAAUGGAGCGUCCGUACACAUUUAAGGACUUCAAUCUCCGUCCACGAAGCCACAAGUCCAGGGUGAAGGGCUUCCUGCGUCUGAAGAUGGCUUAUCUACCAAAGCAAGGUGGUCCAGAAGAAGAGGGUGCCGAUGUAAGGGAGGAGGCAGAGGGGUGGGAGGUGGCCGACUCUGCCGACCCGGGCUCCCAGCGGCCCCAGCAGCUGCUGCCCCCGCUGCCCCCUGGCUGGGAGGAGAAGGUGGACAACCUCGGGCGCACCUACUACGUCAACCACAACAAACGCACUACACAGUGGAAACGUCCCAGCACCAUGGACGUGAUCUCGGAAACGGAGAGCGACAACCAGCAGCGUCAGAUCACCCAGCAGGCCCACAGGGUGUUCCGCUCGCGACGCCACAUCAGCGAGGACCUAGAGAACGAACACGUCGAGCCCAGAGACAUGGAUGAUUCUUGGGAGCCAAUCUCUGAGGAGGACCCCAGCGAUCCUGCUCCAGGCCCCUCCUCCUCGCUGGCAGUGACGCCCCUCCAGCAGACGCCGGCCUCCCAGGAGUUUUCCGAGGAGGUGUCCCUGCGGCUGUCCCUCACCCCGGGCCCCCUGGGGCCCGACACCAACGGAGAGGUGGCAGGACCCAGCUCUGCUCUGCAGAGUCAGCUCUCAAACAGACUGCGUUCCUCCAGCAUGACAGAUGGAGUGAGUGACCUCCAAGCCCAGCCUCCUCCCGCGCAGAGCUCCCAGACCAGAAGAACCAGAGCCCAGACAGUCACGGGCGUAGAGGAGCCCAUGUCGCCCUCGUCAGCGGCCUACGCCCUGACCACCCCAGGUCUGCCCCCUGGAUGGGAGGAAAGGAAGGACGGCAAGGGACGCACCUACUACGUCAACCAUAACACCCGCAGCACCACUUGGACCAGACCUGUUGCGCAGCUACCUGAAGACAGAGCCGGCACCUCGGCUGCCUCCCCAGGGCCCGCGGCGGCCAGCCCUUCGCCCUCCUCUUCCUCUGCCUCAGCCUCCAACAGUCACAUCAUCGAGCCCCAAGUCCGCCGGCCCCGUAGCCUCAGUUCCCCCACAGUUACCCUGUCCACCCCCCUGGAGGGGGCCAGCAACAUCCAGGUGCGUCGGGCGGUGAAGGACACCCUCUCCAACCCCCAGUCUCCCCAGCCGUCCCCCUACAGCUCCCCCAAGUCACAGCACAAGGCCCAGCAGAGCUUCCUGCCCCCGGGCUGGGAGAUGAGGAUAGCCCCCAACGGACGGCCCUUCUUCAUAGACCACAACAGCAGGGUCACAACCUGGGAGGACCCCAGGUUGAAGUAUCCGGUCCACUUGAGGACCAAGGCUUCUUUGGAUCCGGGUGACCUAGGACCUCUUCCUAACCUACUAGAGGAGCCCGGCUGGGAGGAGCGUAUCCACGCAGAUGGACGCACCUUCUACAUCGACCACAACACCAAGAACACCCAAUGGGAAGACCCCCGGCUCCAGAGCCCAGCCAUCACAGGACCUGCUGUGCCGUACUCUAGAGAAUUCAAACAGAAAUAUGAUUACUUCAGAAAGAAGUUGAAGAAACCGGCGGACAUCCCCAACCGCUUUGAGAUGAAGCUCCACAGGAACAACAUCUUUGAGGAGUCGUACCGGCGCAUCAUGUCGCUGAAGAGGCCGGACAUCCUCAAGGCCCGUCUCUGGAUCGAGUUUGAGUCGGAGAAGGGACUGGACUAUGGGGGUGUGGCCAGAGAGUGGUUCUUUCUGUUGUCCAAAGAGAUGUUCAACCCUUACUACGGCCUCUUUGAGUAUUCGGCCACAGAUAACUACACUCUCCAGAUCAACCCCAACUCCGGCUUGUGCAAUGAGGACCACCUCUCCUACUUCAAGUUCAUUGGCCGCGUGGCUGGGAUGGCCGUUUUCCACGGGAAGCUAUUGGAUGGGUUCUUCAUCCGGCCCUUUUACAAGAUGAUGCUGGGGAAGCAGAUUUCUCUGAAGGACAUGGAGUCUGUGGACAGUGAAUACUACAACUCUCUAAAGUGGAUUCUGGAGAACGACCCCACCGAGUUGGACCUGCGGUUCAGUAUCGACGAGGACAACUUUGGACAGACAUACCAGGUCGACCUGAAACCCAGUGGAUCAGAUAUGCUGGUCACCAACGACAACAAGAAAGAAUACAUUGACCUAGUCAUCCAGUGGAGGUUUGUCAACCGGGUCCAGAAGCAGAUGAAUGCGUUUCUUGAGGGGUUCACAGAGCUCAUUCUCAUUGACUUGAUCAAGAUUUUUGAUGAAAACGAGCUGGAGCUAUUGAUGUGUGGGCUAGGUGAUGUGGACGUCAACGAUUGGAGACAACACACCGUCUACAAAAAUGGCUACUGCCCCAACCACCCUGUCAUCCAGUGGUUCUGGAAGGCCGUGCUGCUGAUGGACGCCGAGAAGAGGAUCCGACUGCUGCAGUUUGUCACAGGAACGUCGAGGGUUCCCAUGAACGGCUUUGCUGAGCUCUACGGUUCCAAUGGACCACAGCUCUUCACCAUUGAACAGUGGGGGACCCCAGAAAAACUGCCCAGAGCCCACACCUGUUUCAACCGCCUGGACCUGCCCACCUACGAGACCUUCGAGGACCUGCGAGAGAAGCUCCUCAUGGCCGUGGAGAACGCCCAGGGCUUCGAGGGCGUCGACUAGAACACGUGGCUAAGUGGCGUCCACAGGAAUGACGCUGCUGCCCUCGUCCGGCCUGUCGUGGCUGGAGUAGUGUAUGCAAGCAUGUUGGACUGUAUGCCUACUGGAUGUGUCACCGCGGUGGCAGUAGGAGACUGUACUGACUUAACUGAGCCAACCAGCUCAUGUCCUCUCAUGUGUCUGGGCCAAUCCAAGGUGCUGGGGGUUUGGACGGGGCUUCGAACGCCCCCCAUUCUUGCCUCGAGUGCAAUCUACCGUGCUGGAACCUCUUAUGCAUUUCAACAGCUCCUGUUUGUACGCCUACAGUACAGUACUAUACUCACACCCUGCCAAGUAGCAGAGCAUGAUGGGCCUUAAUCUGGUUCCUGCACUCUCUCUCUCUCUCUCUCUCUCUCUCUCUCUCUCUCUCUCUCUCUCUCUUUUUCUGUCUCUCUCUCUUUCUCUGUUUAACUAACUGUUCUACAAUGCUGAUGUAACUACCCCCCCCCCCACCCCAAUCCUUACAGCACCACCAGAUUACCUUAGGAAUACAGAAAAAUCCCUUCAUCUGGAGAUCAGACACACCCUCCUAGCAGCCUGACUGGGGACACAUGUCCAUCUGUCAUCUCUGCCUGUUUAGAAUAAGGUCUCUCCACUGGAGAGGGAGGGACAGUGGAGGGGGAGGGGGGCAGAUUUUUUAAGCUUCUUUUGUCAAGAAGGAAAGGGGAUCAUUUUUUAUAUUUUUAUUGUUAUUGUCAUUCUUAACAAAAGAAACACUCUGAUGUAUUUGUACUGACGAUAAUGUUGUUUACUCUUUUUGACAAUAUAUGAUAUAGUGUGUAAAUCUGGCUGAUUGGAAACUGAUUCUGAUCCAUAUCAAUGCGUGAACGUGAUAAUAACAUGGUUGUUGUAGUGCUAUGGCAAUGGCAUGAAAAUGUACCUUGUGUUUGCUUUGAUUACAUAGUAAUUAACAGUGUAUGCUCCUUCUUGGUUUCAAAGUCUUGGGGAAAGCGGAAAGGUUUAUGUCACAAAUAAUAUAUCAAUAUGUUAUGCCUUUCCCUAUUCAAAAAGCUGUAAAUGUAUUUCUAUGAAAUUAUUUCACACUCAAUCUCUCAUAUAUAUCCUGUGUGUGUGUGUAUAUAAAUAUAUACACACACACAUUACAUUUUACAGAAGUAUUAAGAACAGAUUAAAUUAAGCUGUGAUUUGACACUAGCACGCUCUUAAAAAUGAAAUUCCUUUAGUUUUUUUUGUUCAGUUCUCCUAUUUCUUGUUUAGUUCUCCGUUUUCUAACACCACUGAACCUAGAGGGCACUUUACACAUGACACUAAGCUCAUGUCACCUUUUGUAUGUCUUUUAUCAUUAACUUGAAUGUGAUUCUUUUUCAUUGAGAGCACUUGUUAACCUUGUGCAAUAUCAAAUAGUCUGCACAUCUGACUGCUGCUAAUGUAGAAAAAUGGCAGACGGAAGCUUUUGCCGGUUGAGCCUCUCUGGUCGAAUUUCAAAAUGUCUCUAUGAUUCCAUGUUUUCUCUCAGCUCUUGUUGAAGGAAUAUCUCGUGGAGGCAGGAAACAUCUCCUCCUUUGCAGUUCAGGUACAAAGGUGGAGGAAAUAAGAAUGAUGGACAGGACUUUUGAUAUUCUGUCCCAUCCCUUUGUUUUGCCCUCUACUCUCUGUAGAUGUGGUCUUCGUUGACUUCUGUUUGAGGGACUGCUGUUUUUUCAGGGGGCAAAGUUCACUUUUGUUAAAUGUCACUAUUCUGUAAGCCCCUGCGGUUCAUAUUCUGUAACAUGGGUCAAAAUAAACCUGAAACAUGGAA